UAAAUGUUCCCGACCACGUUUCGCAUAUCCUAGCUUUAUUAUAUUUUGCGGUUUAUGUUGUAAUGUGCAUGGAUCGGCUGCGUACUGUCACCUACUAACGCCAGGUGGACUUGCCAGGCGAGGGCUAGUCCAUGUCAUAAUUAGUGACCCCCGUGGUGUUUUGGACAGAGGGUGUGUUGUGGGCCCGUGGCGGAUGUGGAGCGGUGGUGCGUCGGGGGGACUAACUCCAUAACUUGCUAUUUGUCGGUUUGUACGGGAAAUUAUGCAGGUGUGUCAUUUCCAGCAUCUCUUGCGGCAGUUCGGUGAGUACAUCUGUCCUUACGUACGUCUCUCAUGCUUGUGUGUGUAUCUACGUAUGUACGUAUUAUUCGUAUCAAUGUCAUCGCAUGUAGUUACUCCUUAAUAUUCCUGUUGUCUGCUUCGUUUAUUAUUUUUAAUUACUGCCGCUACUCUGUAUUCGUUAAAAUCUUUGUCCGCUACACUUACAUAUCAAUUGAGAAUGAACAGAGCACACUGUGUAUAUGUUUAAUACAUGUUACGCCAGUUAAUAUGAAGUCUAUUCUCGUCGUGAUGACUUUGCUAUGUUAACGGAUGUCCGCACACGUUAUCUUAUAAAAUGUAUCGCAAGGUACAGCACUAUGUUACAAUGUUUGCUGGUUCUGUAUAAAUCAAAAACGAUUAGGUAAAUCUGCAAUGUUGUUGCAUUUCUGCAGAUUGUAGCAGAUUAUAAAGGUUUAGAAUCAACACACUUCUCUCACAUUCCGCAAAUAGAACUCUAACAAUGUAACUUCAAAUUCCGCGACUAGCCUAACACCUUAUGCUCAAUAACAAAGCAUGUUCUUUCGUCAAUAACAUACCUAUCUAUGUAUAUGUAUGCAAUGAUUGCGCAAAAUGCAUACAACAUUCUUGAAGUAUUUUUGUUUUCUCGCAUUUGUGAAAGCGAAAAUUAAAAAUAUGUGAAUCUUCAGUGCAAAGAGGUCACAGCCAACAGGUACCAGCCAGUACACGACAAUCGUGGUUCUAAAUUUAAAAACAGGAUAUUCAAUUAACUGGGAAUGAUGCACCGUAAACAGGGGCCAAAAUAGGCCACCCGCGCUCAAUUUUAUUUUGCGCUGAACUUCAGUCGUGUCUGUGCGCUUUAGAAAAAAGUGUGAAAAUAAAAACAUGACAUUGAAAAAGUUUGAAUCGAGAAGUCUAAUUAGCAAAGACAAGAACGAGCCGGGCCGGUUCUUAGGCGAGGGCGUAUCGUUUCGCGCCAAGCUGAUAGGGGUACUGGAAGUGCCCGAGGCCCGGGGAGACAGGAUGUGCCAGGAGGCGCUGGCCGACCUGAAGAUGGCCAUCCGAGCCGCUGGAGAGCAUAAGCAGAGGAUACAAGUCCAUGUUGCUAUUGAUGGAUUGAGGCUGCGGGAUGAUAAGACUGGGGACUCGCUGUACCACCACCCGGUGCACAAGAUCUCCUUCAUAGCACAAGACAUGACGGACUCCAGGGCGUUUGGCUACAUAUUCGGAUCGCCCGACACCGGCCACCGGUUCUUUGGCAUCAAGACUGAUAAAGCUGCUAGUCAAGUAGUAAUAGCGAUGAGAGACUUAUUCCAAGUAGUGUUUGAGCUGAAGAAGAAAGAAGUGGAGAUGGCGAAACAGCAGUUGGAAGGCAAGACGGUGACCAGUAGCCUGGUGCGCCACGCUACCAACGCCUCCACUGAGAGCAAAACUAAGUUUCGAAAUCUUUCUCAGAGCAUCACCUCAGUGGGGGAGACCAGUUCCUCCACGUCCAAAGCCGCAGACGUUGGUGCUGAAGGUGGAGUAGCCGAGCUGGUGGACUUAGAACAGGAACUCAGUUCCCUUCGAAGAGGACUCACGCAAGUUGAGGGUCUGACGCCUUCGAAUGACCCCUUUGGAGACUCCUUCACGGCUCUGCCUACGCAGAAGGGACUCCUCCCCCCUCCUCCUACGGGGUCAUCAACCCGCGGCCGCACAUCAGCCGCGCCGUCCGUCCCCCGCGGGGUGUUCAGCCCGGGCAAGGCGGCGCCAGCACUACCUUUCGACCUGGCUACAGUGGCCGCCGAGUUCGAACCGACCCCCGCACUCGUUGAUAAUCUCAGCGAUACACCGGUAUGCCAGCCCGGCGCGUCCACGACGCAGUCGCUCAGUUACGACGUAUUCACGGAACUAGACCCCCUCGGCACCGGCCGGAGUAAACCUUACGUUGACAAAAAACUCUUCUUUCAGGAGCUCAAAAAUCCGCCAAAGAAAGUGCUCAAAGACCUCGUGUCGACACAGAGUCUAAUAUCAGACAUAUUGCCGGUGACCACAGACACUAAGAUAGAGCAUUACGGGCCGGCGACGACGAUGACGUCACUGUCGCGGCACUCGGGCGGCUCGGUAGCGAUCGUCAAGCCGACGCAGACCGCCCUGUUCACUGGCAACUUUUUCUCGUCAGAUCCCUUCGCGGAGACGGAUCCCUUCGAUAACACUGAUCCCUUUUCGGAUUCCUUCAAAGACGAUCCGUUUACGAGUAUGCAGGAGUUCCCGAAGGCGAGUGUGUUGAGAGUGGAUGAGCUUAAGAGCAAACUGAGCAAGGAGGAUAAGUCGGAGCCGCUGGAGAACGGCAAGAGUGUGUUCAACGGGCCGCUGCAGGUGUCGCUGCCGCCGGAGCCCGCGCCCAAGUCGCCGCGGCUGCAGAGACAGAACACAGAAAGCAGUUCGGUCCGGCAGCGUCCUCAAGCACACAAGCUGAGUGCGGACGGCGCGUCACCGCCGCCGCCCCUCCCGCCCAAGAAGGUGGGGGAGCUGCCCGCCGCCCGGCCCCCGCCUCGGCCCCCACAUGACCACGAGGACGAAGACGUUGGGCCCCCGCUGCCUAAGCCUGCGAUGAGGAGAGAACCUUUGGCGGACCGCAGCAUGAAGCCCCGCCUCUCAUCAGCGGCGACCAACAGCAGCGAGGACGAGUACCUGACCCCCGCGCCGCCGCCGCUGCCCACCGCGCGGCGGUUCGACAUCACGCUCAGCCAGCUGCUCACGUGCACCAUGGACGAACUGGCACACAGGUUGCGAGUUCCCGCUACAACUCUGUCUUCUAUGACUCUACCUCAACUAACCGAUUACCUCAGAUCGUAUUUAGCAGCUGAUAAUGAUAGAGCGCAUAUACACGUAGAAUCAACAGCAAAAACGGAAAAAGAGAAACCAAUCACAGCCGUAUCAGGGUUAUCAACGCCCAGCGGUAUUCUCGACAAGCCAGUCACCAACAAUGAUUUCAAACCGCAAUUUGAAGACAACUUCACGCCACCAGCGGAAACUAACGACACAUUUGUUGCUAACUUCGACGAUUUUGACAAGAAAGCGAACCCGUCGUACGAUAGAUAUGCAGCGUUUAGAGAAAUACAAGAAGAAGAAUUAAAAGCAAAAUCUAUAUUAGACCCUAUUGAUGCCUUAGAAUCUGAGCCGAAGCAGGAUUCAGACGAAAAAGAAUUGACAGCUAUAGAAAACCUUAUACGAGCGAAUCAAGAUAGGGAAAGUGAUAAUAAGGAACCCGCAAGAAGUCCUUUGAAAACGUUGGAUGAAUUGACGUUGGAUUCGUUCAAUAUGUUCAGGAACUCUGUCAGUCCGAAGCCAUCGCAGAUUGACGCGAAGAUAGAAGAUAUUAAGUCUGUUAUGAAAACGCUGCAGAUUGAGAAGUCUAGGAGAAGUGUGUCGCCGAGGGAUAAUGGACAUGUCGAUGUUAAACAUGAAGAUACUAAUGAUAGAUACGCAGCUCUCCGCGAGAUCACAAUCACAGAGCCACCACAGGACGAAUUCGAGUCCUUACCGCCCGAACUACCGAAAGAGCGAAAGCGUUCCGACGAGAAGUCCGACGGUUUCGACAAUUCCGAUUUUUUCGACUGCAUCGACAACAGUUCACUCUCUUUCACACAUGUAGAAGAUGCGUUUAGAAAGAGUCCUAUAGUGAAGGAGGUAGAGGAGAAGAAGUUAGAAGAGAUAAAGGAGCCUCAGGUGGAAAUAGUGCCGCUGCCUGUGAGGGAUCUAGCUCCCCCCACUAGACUGUCUACAGGGUCUAUUAGUGAUGUCGUUAGUGGCUCCUCGCCUGAUACUAAAGAGAAGUUGGGCGGUGCGGUGGUGGGCGGGCCGCGCGGCACGCGCUGGGCGGCGCUGGGCGGCGCGGCGGCGUCGCCCGCGUCGUCCGACUCGCGCGACUCCGAGCCGCGCCCGCGCCUGCGCCGCGCGCGCCACCACGACCCGCCCGCCAGCCCGCCCGUCGUACAAACAUCAUCGUCAUCGCGCGACGUGUCUCCGUGGGAUGAGGAGUUGCCAUCAGUCACGCGGCUGCAGCGACCACCUUCACAUAGAGAUAGAGAUUCCAGACACAACUCAUCCGGCUCAAGAGAAUGUCUUGAUUCAGGCAGCGGCCGAGAGAAGGACAAAUUGAGAGACAAACGCGACAUGAGGGACCGUGAGAGGGACAUGAGCAGGGACGGGAGGGAUUCCGCCAGGGACCGUAGAGACUCUGCCAGGGAUUCCGGCAGUGGCAGGGACCGACGCGACGUCAGCAAGGAACGCGACCACAGGGACCAUAGAGACAGAAGGGAUAGAAGAAGAAGGGACAGAGAGAAUGACUCCUGGGAUAGAGACAGGACGUAUAGCAGGGACAGAGAGUACAGAGACUCUAGGAGUAGAGAGAGACUGCCCAAAGACUACAGAGAUAAGGACAGGGAUAGACAUAGGAAGCCGCGGCAUUCGUAUGAUGAGGAUGAGGAUUACAGUGACGGAUGUGGGUCGGGUCGGUCGUCGCCUAGAGACCGGUGGCCGGACCAACGCUGGAGGAGAGACGAUAGAAAUUAUGGAUCACUAGGCUGGCGGGAAACGAGACGUCGCGCUGAAUUGAGACAGACUGAAGAUUCUAGUGAAAGAAGGUAUGGUUCAACCCUCGGUUGGUCGACGCGUCGAGCCGCCCCCCGACGCGACUCGUCCCGGGAACGUGACAGUUCCCGUGACGUGCGCGAAUCCCGUGACGUCAGAGAUACUCGUGACGCCAGAGAAACGCGUGACGUCAGAGACUCUCGCCGGCGAGUACGUAGAGACGACGCACGGAGGCCCAGAGACUAUCGCUUCUCUAACGACUUCUCGCCCAGAGAGAGAGAUGCUGAACCGUUUGAUAAUGACUUCCAAGAAACGCCUACACCGACUGGGAAGAAGAGGGCGCCUUAUACUACCUUGGAGGGGACUAGAUUCGCAUUCGAGCCGGAAGACGCGACGGCGUCCCCCCUGUCAGCGAGCAGCGGCCGCGCCCGCGACAGCGAGCACGGCGCCGCGCGGUUCCGCUUCGACUCCGACUCCGUGUCGCCGCGCUCCAUGUUCGAGGACGACUUCGCCGCGCCGCCCCGCCCCCGCACCGCCUCCAUCGCCGAGGAGGACGAGGAUCUGCCCCCGCUGCGCCAACGCCCGCCCCCCACCACCAACACCCGCGACAUACGUAAGUCCGACUCCAUUAACAUCUUCACCAGGGAAUCUGACCCCUUUGAAGGCGACGCUUUCUUCGCUUGCACUGGAUCUGAUAGAGCCGCGAGACGGGAGAACUGGCCUGGAGACUUUCAAGGGUUCGAUAACGCGUGAGGCGACCUCCAUCAAUGCAUAAUGUAAUAAAUCUUUGACAGUGUUUUUUUUUUUCUUAUAUAAGUGAUUUUUUAAUACCAACUUGUAGACAGACUAGACAUUCCGUUUCUUACAGCGCAUUGUGACCUCUAUUUGCAUUAUUUCGUGUAAAUUUUUCGGCUCGCUUUCAAAGUUCCUAAUGUUAAGUCUCGCUGCGAGACCGAAUUUUUCAUUAAAAAAAAUUAUGAUAUUAUAAAUAUUUACCUUUUUGUGAUGAAAGAGAAAAGUGUGUUUGAUUCAUUGCUAUGUGCUGGCCACUUUUAGUGUUACUAAAUCUUUUAUAUGCUUAUUGAUAUUAAUAGCGCAUCUUCAAAGUAUUAGAACACGAGACAAUGCAAAUAGAGGUAUUGAAAUAUUGUAUAGAUAAAAGUCAUAUUGAGGAUUGGUAAUGAAAAGAGUCUUGCCAUAGAAAUUAAGUAUUUUAUCAAGGAUCUCGUGUAACCUGUACGAUAGGCCAUCCCAGAUAAAUGUCUAAAAUUAACCUCACAAUCGUUCUCAAACACAAGGCUUUUUCAUCAUUACGCAUUGCGAUGCAUUUUUUAUAAUAACCUGGAACUUAUGUAUAGCCAUAGACUAGUCUACUUAUUAUGAAGAGGUUAGUGCGUGAUGACGAAAAAGUUUUUAACGUAAUGUUAGAUAUUUUAGGUGUAAGUUGACAUGCCGCUAUUGAUUAUAUUACCUAGUGUAUAUUUAGUAUGUAUUGUGUAACCACUGACCAUUGUCGCCCUAGUAUUAUGUAUAUGUUGGGGCAUAGACUGGGGGGAGCUCUAGUCUAUGUCUUUAGACGCAACCUGUGAUAUGUAUAAGCAACGCCCUUUAUAUUUUUUUUUGCGUUUUGUUUUAAUGGUUUUUCCUCAAUUUUUGUAUAUCACAAUCAAGUGUCACAAGAAGGGUUGUCUUUACUACCCAGUGUAUCGAUAUAUCGAUGUUUUUUUUGUUGUAUUUUUUUCUUUAUUGAAUUUGUAUUUUUUUUAUUCCAAUACAAUGCAUUUUCUAUUUAUUGCGGACGGAAUAAGAAUGUAUGAAAUCAAAUUUUGAUAAAAUGUUCUUUGUUGUUGCUCAAUUUAUUUAUUUACUUUGAAACACCAAGUUGCAAAUAUCAAAAAGAGGUAAAUAUUGUGUAAAUAAUUAUAAAUAUUACUUAUGAAUUCUAAGUUUUAUUGUGUAUAUGUCUUAUGAAUUUUAUGUUAAUUAAUGAAUGACAUAUAAAAUCAUUUCUGAUGUAUACUUUGACAAAAUUGAAUAUUUAUUUUAUGUAUCGACUUCUAUUUAUGAAAUCAUGAUAGGUAUGAAAAAGCAUUACACCAAUGAAAGUUUGGGCACAAAUCUGUAUGUACAGUAUUUAUUGGUAUUGUAAAUAUGUUGCUACGAGGCAAACGUGAGCCAAUGUUCGAUAUGUAAAUAAAAUAUUUUGUAAAUCAAUUAGAACGUCGACGACUGUACUCACGACUGGGAAAGUUUUUUGGAAAAGUAAAACAUUCUCAAAUUGUAAAGAUUUAUAGUUUUCUAUAGUCUUUAUUAUAAUUUGAGCGUUUCAGCUUAUUGUUUCAAUAAUCAAUUUGUAUAAAUAAAGUAUUAAUAUAUUACAAAAUUCGGCAUUUAUAAUAGUCGAUAAAUUUGCACAGUUUUUAUUGGAGUAACGCGGUUUAGGGGUGUGUUGUACGUUUUAAAGUCAUUUUAUGAAUGAUUUGUCUAUCUCAUUAAUUUAUUACUCAUACAUUUAUUGUACCUAAUUUAGUUAGAGUUGUUUGUGAUAGAAAUACUCUGUGUGUUAAAACUAUCUUCUAUCUAUAUUAAUAAGCGUCAAUUGUGCUUCUAAUAUAUUAUAGAAUUUAUGUUUAGUGAAUCAUUACUGUGAUAAUUUUAUUUCAUUGUGAUUUUCCCGGAUGUCUUUUUUACUUAAUUUUUAUGCACUUGUUUGUAUGUCAAAUUUAGUAUAAAAUAAUUAAAUAAUAUUCUAAACCAAAAUGUCUAUUUCUAACACGAUAUACUUACCUUUAAACUGUUGACUUAAAAUAAUGAAUACCUACCUUUAUCAUAAAUAAUUAGAAAAUGUGACAGUACCUAUAGCUGAGCUUACACAUCAGUACGAGAGGAACUAAGUUACUCUGUUGACAUUCUGAGACAGAGGAAUGUAAUGUUAUCUGAUAAUUAUAUUAAUAAAUCAAUGUACCUUUUCAAUAUUACCUAAUGGCCCAUAAUCAUUGAAUAGCGAUUGUAACGAAUGUAUUCAUGUAAACUAAUGUUACCUAAACUAGUGAUGAUGACGUCGAUUUUGUAUUAUUGUAUUUUUUGUACAUAAUGUAGCUAGAGGAAAUUAAUUAUGUGCAAUUAUUACCACCUCUAUGGCGCAAUACCAAAGGUAUUUAUGUUCUGUAACUGUUGUGUAAAAUACUCGGAGUUAUUAAAAUUAUAACGAAAUGAUCGAAAACGA